AUGCAUUCGAAGCAUCCAAACAAAGCUCAGUCUCUUUCUGUUAUUGAAAUUGCACUCACAAGCGUUAACGAGAUUAAUGUUGGAUGUGGAUUCACGUUCAAACUUUUCAAAGUCAAUAAGAAAGGUGUAGAGGCUUUGUUUAAGAAACCUAUCAAUGGCCACGACCAAUUAAUUGUAAAGGUAUUCGAUCCUGUCAAAGCGAAAAGGGAUCAUAAGAAUUAUAGGGCUGAACGAACAGAUAUGUUCAACACAUGUCGCAAAGCGUAUCUAUGCGAGAAGCUGGCAUACGAAAUUUUAUCAAGUAGCGGGUUGCUCAAUAAUGUUUAA